CCGACAACCAGGCACCACAAAGCCAGUUUUUCCUCCGACUUUUCCCUCCAUCAGCUGUCACCGAGCCCUCAGAACCUGCCACCACAAGGCCUCAACCCCUCACCAGAAUCUUCUGAGGCGACUGACUGUCUACAUUCUCAACGACUUACAUGCCCACAGGCACUUAUUGACGAGUACUGUGACCACCCAAACACGGGACGCCCAACCACAUUCCCCAUUGAAGGGCUGGUAUCUUCUUCUUCUUCUUCGGCGGUGUGUCUUGCAGUUGGGAACAGUACGAGUGAUCAUUAUUACGCCGGUGCUGGCAUCGUGGACCCAGUUCGUUCGCUCGGUUUACGGUUGGCCAGCGACAAUGAAAGAGGCGAUAUCGAGUCUACUAGUGAGAAGUUGGCAGAAGAACAGCCAAACUGUUCAACCGGACUUGAUAUUCAAGCUUCAGAAGGAGGCCAUUCAGGACCCGAAGCCUCGAGCACAAAAGGGAAUAUCGAAGCGGAUGACGAAGUCGUGGGGGGAAAAGAUAAAGUGGACGAGGGUAAAGAGGGCGAAGCAUGCUCACGAAUAUGCAAGUUGGUCAAUCAUGACAAAGGAUCGCCUCUUUCAAAGCCAAUGUCUUGGGCUAUAAGCGAGCGCAGUUUGCAGGUGCUUGUUUCUUUUGCUCUAUUUCUGCAGAUCGCUUCACCGCGGCCAGUUUUUCCCUUAGCACAUCAUGCCAAACCAUGGUAUGCUAAUUUAAUGUAUUCUUUUGCUUUCCAUUCCUUUACGGUGCAUUUGGCCUCCUGUUUUAUGGACUCACUCACUUAUUGCCACCAUUAUUAA